CUUUUCCACCCCUCCUCCUUUGCACUCAAACUUUCCCUUGUCUUUACCUGAGAAAACAGACACACCCAGCAUCUUCAGACCUACCAAUCACGGUACAGAAGAGAGACGCCCAGACUGUUCACUUCCUGUUUCUGUGACAGAAUGGCUGACUUGCUCAAACAAAUUCUAACGCAAUCACUGUGGGUCUUCUAAGUUUAUGAGAAGUUAAGCAAAGCUGCGCACAAGCUUGAACAGACAUUUACUUUUGGAUUCGUCUGUAAGACAGCGCUGGAGGGGGAAGCAUAAGGAAAACAGAAACACAAGGAGGGGAGGAAGAUAAGUGUCAAUCUGUUCAAACUUGUUUGGGAAUUUGAGACGGGACGGAGGAGGGGACAAGAGAGAGAGAAACCGAGAGAAAGACUGAAAGGAACACUGAGAAUUUUUUUAAACAGUGUUGACAACAAUUUUUUGCAUUAAAUAAGACAGGCAGGCUGAAUAAUUUAAUCAGUGUUUUCAGUGGAGCAUUUAUCUUACUCAACUUUGGUUCUCUCAAAGGGCAAACACUGAUAUGUGGAAUGUCUAUGGAUUGUGCAACUCUUGUUACUUUGUCUAAAAAGUAAAAAAAAAAAAAAAAAAAGAGGUAAAGAGACAGUGAAGCGUCCCCCAAGACCCUUCUUAGGUUCUCUGUGCCAUGGAAAUCAGUCAAAAUAACUGGGCCCCUCAAGACACUGUGCAAAUGCAGACCUCUUAAGGUGCAAAGGGCUGUGUCAAAUUCAGGGCAAGUUAAAAACAGCAAAUUAUGGACAGAGAAAGAGCAAUGAUGCAAGAUUCAUGUGAUGGGACUAGGGAGAGGGACAGACUCCCUGCAAUUAGAAGAAGAGAAAUGGACUGGAGAGAAAGAGAGAGAUGGAGAGAUGGAGAUCAAUAUGCAAAUGGGAAGUCAUCAUUGUUUGAGCACACUGUACAUGGAGAACGAGACAACGAAAGCAAAAAAGGGGACACUUUUCCGAGGAUGACAAAAGCAAACAGAGAGAGAGAUAGAAGAAUUCCACUUUCAGAGAAUGAAAGGCAACGUCGUUUGGGAAGACCUAAGGACACAACCUAUGAGGAUGAAAAAGAGAGGGAAAAACGAAGAUACAGAGAUAUGGACACAAGAAGACACAUGAAGGAGCAUUCAGAUAAACUAAGAGAACAAGAGUUUGAAUUAGGAAUAAGAGGGAGAAGGAGAGAAGGUCAUACAGGGACCAAUGACCCUACAGGAAUGAGGGAAAAAGAGACAGACAGAGAGAGAGACAGAUAUAGACAAAGAGACAGAGAGGUCAGGUAUUAUCCACGACCCAUAGAAAGAGAGACAGAGAGUUUUUCAGACAAGGAAUGGAGGACUGAGAGACAGAAUGGGGCAGAAAGAUCUAGGAAAAGAGAUACAAAAAGUGAAGGGGACAGUGAUGGAGAUAGAGGUAAGGAAAUGAAUAGAGAAGCGGUUACUAAACCUGGACACAAACUCUAUAAGAGUGAAGGAGAUAGUAAAGCAGACCAAAGAGUAGACCGAGUUAGAGAAAAAGACAGACGUAGAGACCAAGAAGCAUGGAGAUAUAAAGAAAUGGUGAGACCUAGAGAAAAAGACUACAGGGAGACAGGCUACUAUGAUAAAAAUGGAAUGAGAAAAGAUAAAAGGCCUGACAGAGAUGCAUACUCAAAUACACCUGAGAGAGGAAGAUACAGAAAUGCAGAAUUGGAGAAGGAUGGAUAUUCUGAAAGAGAGAUUGAAGACAGGGAGAGGUGGAGAAGACAGAACAGAGAGCCAUAUCGAGACAAGAUGGAGAAAAGUGGACAACGUACUGGAGGGAAGAUUUCAGGAGUUGAAAUUGAGAAAGAACAUAAUAGGUCAGUGGGGGAGAACCUUGAGGACAGGAAUAGAAAAAACACUUCUGAGAGUGAAAAGGAGAAGUUGAAAGGAAGAACAGAUGGAGAGCAGGAAGUACGGAUUGCACCAAGGGAAGAAGAGGGUAGACAAAUUGUUGUUGAGGAAACAGUUACAAAAAAAUUUACAGGCAGAAUAAUGAACAGGUGGCUGGAACCCCGAAGAGAGAAAAACCCAUCUCUUUUAGAGGAGGACUACAGAGACAGAGAAAGAGCACGGGAGAGGUACAACCAAAGAUUCAAGGAAAGUACGAAGUAUGAAGAAGAUCCUGCAAGAAAUAAUGAAAGCAAGAGAACGAGUGCUAAGGACAAGUAUAGGGCUGGGGAAUUCAUGGGGGACAUAGAUGUAGAAAGCAAUGAAAAACUAGAUAAACAAGAGGACAUGGUUAAUGACAAAGAAGCCGUGGAACCAGAAUGGCGGGCAAAAAGAGAAAUUGGGGGUAAUAACAUGGAAGUUAAUGAAAGAGAGGAAGAGAGAAGCAUUGAUCGACACGACUACUCAGGAAUUGAGGAAGGAAGUGAGGGAGAAUCAAGAGCAGAGAAAGACAGAAUAAUAUCAGCAGAUGAUGGAUUUGUGACAGUCUCUAGUGGAGGAGAUAUUGAAGACUGUAUGGAUUUCCGGAAUGGUGAAGUUCCCACUGAUAUCUCUGGAUGCUCAGAAGCUACACAGGGUGAAGAGAGAGAACCCCUUAGGGUUUUUUGUGUGAUUGGUCUAACCCCUAUUGAGUCACAAACCAAGCAGAAUCCAUAUAUAGAUACUGCUUCUGAGGAAGCCACCGAUCAGCAUUCAGAUCAAAACAUAGACAUCCAAGGUGUUAUGUUUAUUGAGGAUGCAAAUGAAGCAUUUGAAAAGUUUGAACACAAGGAAUCUGACAUAGAAGGAGCAAUGGAUGACCUCGCUCUUUCUGCUAAUGAGGAAAAAGUGGAGCAAACAGGAGAUAAUGACCAGGGAACAGAUGACAUAACAUCACUGAAAGGUCAAAUGAUUCCUUCCAAAGAGGGAGCAGAAGAAGAGCCUGCAGAGCCUUCUGUAACUUUAGACCCCUGCAAUGAUGAUGGACCUGAGACUAUAGUGGCUCCUAGUGAAGAUGCAUUACACAGAAGAGAAAUGGAAGCUACUGGAAACACAGAGGAGCAUUUUGAUUCAGAUGACACAUGGAGCACAUGUGAAGAACGAAAGCGAUGCUCUACUGCUCCUCACCUUACAUGGGCAAAGAAUGUUGUGAAAGAGAUCCUGGGUCCGAAUUCAGAAGACACAGAACAUAUGAGAGGUAGUGUGACACACAUAGACAUACAAAUAAACACACAAACAGAAACUGACAGAGAAAUUAACAUAUCGAGGGAACAGGAAGAACUAAUACAGGGAGAAGAGAAACAACAAGGAGAGAUUGAAAAGGAGUCAGAUGAGGAAACUAUCUUGUUGGAUCCAAGUUGCAUUGAACAGACAGUUUCCUCAAAAAGAGAGGCAGAUAGGACAGUAGAAGGACACGUUUCUAAGAGGAAAGAUAGCAUAGAGAAUGUCAUUCUUGGUUCAAGUAGCUUUCGAGAAUUGGGGAAUGAGGCCCGCAUAAGGAGGAGGGGUAUCCGAAAAACAACAGAGGGAACCAAAGAAGAGGAAGAGGAUGAGGAAGAGGGAGGAGUUGGAAGGGACCGCAGGACCAGAGUAUUCAACAAUUCAGAUGCUGAGGAGGAUGAAUUAUGUUUGACCUGGAGUGAAGGGGAUCUAAGGAAACUUGGGAGGACAAAAAAGAGGAGUUCUAAAUACUUUAACUCUCAACUGUAUCAGGAGUACAGUGAGGUCGUCCAGAACAGAGAAAUUCUGCUGACUAAUUAUGAUACUACAUCGCUAAGUGGAGAUAAUAUCACCAUCCGUUCAUCUUCCCCUCUGAAUCAUUCGCCAAAGCUAUCUCACAGACCUCUCCCAGCGCUUCCUCAAGUCCACCUGCAUCCCCACUCACUGUCCUUGAAUAAUUCCCUAAAAAGUCUUAAUUUACCUCAGCAAUCUAUGAACAGACCCCCUUCUCCUCGCCUGUCUAUCUCCGCUUCCUCACCCACACUGUGGCAGGAUCUCCCUGGAGUCAGGAACAGCCCAGAAAUUGUGGAACUUACUGAAGAUGAGAGACGCCUGCAGGAGGUGAGGUUUGAGGUUGUGACAUCUGAGGCAUCAUACUGUCGUAGUUUGGACAUCGUAGUGGAGAACUUUGUCCUGUCUAAACAGCUCAAUGCUAUCCUGUCAUCACAAGACAAAAAUUGGCUGUUCUCUAGGCUAAAUGAUGUUAGAGCCAUCAGUCACAGUUUUAUGUCUCACCUUGAAGAAAACGUGGAAAGAGAUAUGUUGCACUUUACAGUCUGUGACAUCAUUAUUAAAUACUGUCCCCGAUUCCGAAAUGUGUAUGUGCCAUAUCUUACCAACCAAUCAUAUCAGGACAAGACGUAUCAAAGAUUAAUGGAUGAGAGUCAGGAAUUUCGCAGAGUUGUGGAAAAGUUAGAGCGUAAUCCAGUGUGCCAGCGGUUGCCUUUACGGUCAUUUCUCAUUCUUCCGUUCCAACGAAUUACACGCCUCAAACUAUUAGUGCAGAAUAUUGUAAAGAGAACUGCUCCAAAAACCAAAGAUGAAGUGCAGGCCAUUAAGGCCAUGAAACUACUUGAGAAGAUGAUCCUGGAUAGUAAUGAAAGUAUUUCUCAAAUGAAAAACAUUGAGUCACUUGUGACUCUUAAUGCCAAAGUUGACUUUGAGUGCAGGACUCUUCCAUUGAUAAGUCAGUCCCGCAGAUUAGUACGAGAAGGGCCUGUGACUGAACUGAGAGACUUUUCCUUGAAAGACAGAGAAGAAGAGAGAAGUGUUUAUAUGCACCUUUUUAAUGACUACCUCUUGCUCUCUAUACGGAAAGAAGGGGGUAGGUUUACAGUUAUCGACCAUGCUCCUGUAUCAGAGCUGCGGGCCGAGAACUGCAGGUUCAAACUACAUUCCUUACAGAAAAACCUGUUCCGUCUGCACAUGCCACAAAAAGCCUUGCUUUUGCGAACAGAUACCCAAGCUGAUAAUCUGCGCUGGAUAUCAGCGCUCUCACGUCCUUAUCCUGAGAUUGACUUCGGUGCAGUUCAGGAAACUCCACAAAUGCAGUGCAUCAGAGCAUAUGUUGCCCAGCAACCAGAUGAACUCAGUUUAGAGAAAGCUGAUGUCCUUGUAGUUCACCAGCAAAGUAGUGAUGGCUGGGUGGAAGGUACUCGUUUGUCAGACAGGCAGCGUGGCUGGGCUCCUGAGCUUCACCUGGAGACAAUAACCAGUGACAAAGCAAGGAAGCGCAACCUGCUGGAUACCAUGAAAAUUGCUACUGCUGCAAUGUGAAGCAACAGGCUUCAAUCAGGUCCAAGUUUAUGUAAAAUAUCCCUUCAAGAGCUUUAAGAAUUUAUGUUUCAACUUCAUAGGAAGUUUCUAUUUAUUUGUUUACCUACUGUUAAGGGUGAUGUGGGUGAUUUGGCAUCACACAUGUAAGGAUAUAGAGUACUCCAAAACUUGGAAAUGGUCUGCAAGAAUGUUGAAUUAUACUUUCACCAGAGGAAAUAGAUGCAGCUGAAGUCCAUCUUAAGAUUUCUUAAGUUAUUAAGUAACCAUAUGGAUAUAGUAAUGCUGAAUGCACACCCGAGUUAGAACUACUUGUUCUCUGUUAUUAAUAAACAUGAAAUCCCCAAGUGCAAUAUAAAUUCUGUUGGAUUGCAGCCUAAUGAAAAUAAUAGUUAAAAAAAAGUCUUAUUAUCCAACAGAGCACAAGUUUAAGAAGCACAAGUACAUAUAGACUGUUAAAAAAACUGUUGACUUCAAUAAACUGCAAAUAUUAUGCAGGAUUAUGUAUUAUGAUGUUUCUGUUAAACUGCAAAAGCAGAUAAAACACCCAAUGUCACCAGCAAUGUACAUACUAUAGGAGUUUAAUUUGUUUAAUGCUUUCAUUGAAUCAACUUUCUGUUCAAACUGAAAUCAAAUGCUUUACUGUAAUAUAAAGAAUCAUUUAACAUUUCUGAAAUGUUUCUACAAAUAUGACAGAAAAAGAUUAUCAACUUUUUGUCUACAUGUAAAUAAAAAUAAAUGAAAAUGAAAAAUGGUUUGCGAUCAA